AUGUGUAAGUCCAUCAGCAUUUACAAACUUAAGUUGCACGCGAAGAUGGAGAACGCAGAAGUGCUCGAGCUCAUGGUGAGACGGGUGGAGAGCAUCCUGCAGGAUCGGUCUCACGAGACAGACAGCAUGAGCCGCGAGGCCAGUGAGCGCUUCGCCUCGGGCUACAUCCAGUGCAUGCAUGAGAUCCACACCUUUGUGUCCAUGUGUCCCGGCAUCGAGUCCACAGUCGCGGCAGAACUCCUCAACCAUCUGCUGGAGUGCAUGCCGCUACUCAAGGACCUGCAGGACGUCAUCAUUGAUCUCGGCUCUGAGCUCCUGUCUCCUACGGGAACAUGGCCUCGUAUCGGUGUGCGUCUGUCCCUGAGCGCCUCCACCAACGGCGCUGAAGAAGAUCCGAGCUCCGACCUACAGGAGACCUUCAGCAGCGAGUCAGCUCCGGGGUCUGCGGCGGAGGAGGAACAGGAGGAGGAAGAGGAGGAGGAAGAGCAGGAGGAUCAGAGUAUCGGAGCAUCAUCACCCCUACUGUACAUCCAUGACCGUGAGCCGCAAACACACUGGAAACAACGUGGCUUCAAACUGGAAUUAACUUUAUCUACACAGGAUAAAAGCUCGAAGGAUGCUGAAGGACACUGUUUUAUCCACACUUACAGGUUGAAGUUGUAG